GAUCAAAACAAUUUCGAUUGUUGAAUUUAAAGUGUUGUUCACUGUCUAUGAUUAUAGGGGGCCACAGUGUAACUUGAAGCUAGAUGCCGCUCUCCAAUGAACCAAACAAGGAAGAAUAUCUGCCCAUUUGUGAACAGGCACUGCGGCGGUCAUCUAUGAAUUCAUCAAAAAGAUGGCGGUGUCCGUGUUGUCCAGGAGGAUGUCGAUGCUAUGCCGGAUUGUGAAUAGAAUUUCAUCGCCAAAACCUUUAUUUUGUGCGUCUUCUCAAUGCACGUUUGUAUUACAGACGGCGUCGUACAACCACAAACCUUUAAAGUUAAACCUGCGUGAGCCGUAUAUUCCAGAUAAAGACAGCGAGAAGACGCCAGAGUGGCAGAAGACGGCCCGCUACGACAGGAAGCUGUUCGGUCGCUAUGGCUCAGCGUCGGGCAUCGACGCGGUGUCGCUUUGGCCGAGCCAUGAUCAGUUGGACAAGAUGAUCGCAGAAGAAAGGGAGUGGCAGCCUACAUUAGAAGCGAUGCUCAGGAAUAUAGCGGCUAGGGAAAAGGAGGAAACUGAGAAACGGCUGGCCAAAGAGAAACUUAUUGCAGCAAACAUGGCCAAAAUGCCCAAGAUGAUCGCAGACUGGCGCAGGGAGAAGCGUGAAACUAAGAAGAAGCUAAAGGAGGAGAAAGCUCGGCGUGCAAAGCUGCUGGCUGAAGCCAGAGAGCGUUUUGGCCACGCAGUGGACCCUCGCAGCCCUAAGUUUUUGGAAAUGGUGGCUGAAAUCGAAAAAGAAGAAAAAAAGAAGAAGAAACUAAUGAAGCGCAGGCAAAAAGAGGAGCAGGCAGCAGCUCCCAUCACACCUCCUGCUACCUCCUCCUAGUCUUGGAGUCAUUUUGGACAUAAUUAAGUGUGACCUUGUGAGUCCUUGUUCUGAUAACAUGUAUCAGAUUAUGGGAUUCUAAAAUAUUUCAUUUUUGCUGUAAGAACUAUCCACUUUGUAUGGUUUUUUCCAUAACCAGUCAUGGGCUGUUACAGAAAUAAAUUAUUUCUGAACAAACAUUAUGUACAUGCACAACAAGGUAAAAAUAGCUGAUUGUUUUCUGUUCAUGAAAUUUAAGGAUUAAAUUAAAUUUGCUGAGAGUGUAGAGGUCAAAGUCAAUGAAGUCGUGGACAGUUAACAUUUUGUUUUCUCACCAGAAUCUGCAUGUGCCGCCUCCUAGAAAUCCUGAUGCAUAUGAUCUGCCUCUCUUCUUUAUUUUGACAUCACCAGCAUUGGUGACAGUGGCAGCUUACUACUUACCUAUCACAACUAAUGGUUUUUUUUCAAAGUAAUAAAGUGUGAUUAAUAGAUUGAGUCACUACUUUUGGACACUAGUCUGUAAAAAUCAAAAGUUAUAUAAUUAUUAAUAUCAGGGCAACUAAAUUCUCAAUGUUUAAUAAAGUCAUUGAAAACAA